AUUGUAGACAUUUGAAAACUAAUCCAAAUUCGCUUUGUAAAAAAAAAAAAAAUAAAUAAAUUAAGUAAAAAUUCAAAAUGCCGCAUAAGCGCAAAACACGCUUGCAGUAUAAUCCAAAACAAGUGUCACGCCGGGUGCAGUUAGCGUCAUCAGCGCCAAACGUUUGCGUUAAAGCACACAAUGGCGCCACCGACGAAAACUUUUCGCCACCAGAAGAAAAGAAGGUGCAAAAGGCACCCAUAGUUCCUCAAGAGACUGCGCCCAAUAAGUUUGCAGUGCCGCAGUUCAAUACCAUGGUGCGCACCCAGGUUGAGGUCAAUUCAGUUCGGAAUAUGCGCGUGGAUCUUCAACUGGACCUAACGCCACGCACCAAGGCGUCUAUUGCACCCAAGGUUGUCAAGAAGCUGAACUUUCCAUCAACACAAACAGUAUUCAAGGACUUGAUACCUAUCAACGUGAACGACUCGUUGCGUGAAAUGGAGCGACCGAGAACGACAAAACCUCGGGAUUCCAACAAAUAUAAUAUGGCCGAACCAAUACUCACCGACUAUCUAGAGAAAAUUGAGUAUGUGCAGCUUUUAAUGCCCGAGCCGGAGCUGACAAUGGAUUUUACAUUCGAUGAAUUUGAUUUCCUGCAUGCCUACACGAAUUGCUAUCGCUACAUAUAAAGACAA